AUGAAGCUUGUCAUAUUUGUCAGCCCGUUGGCUACUUUGGUUACACCCCUUUCCCUCAAGAUCCGUGACGACGGAGAAAUGAAGAUGGGCACCGGCAGGUUUCCAGCAGACCACACGACCGAGGAAUCCCUCCCCAAGCACACAAUCUACAUGCCCGUCUCCCCGCCCGCCAAUGAAAAGCUCCCAGUCGUCGUCUGGGGCAACGGUGGCUGCGUCGCCAACGGCAUCGCCUACCGCACCUUUCUGACCGAGAUCGCCUCCCACGGCUACAUCGCCAUCUCCGCCGGCGCCCCGCACCGCAUCGGCCUGUCCAACCCAGGCAUGAUGACGGAGAGCAUCGAAUGGGCGGCGGCGAGGGCGGGUAGGGGCAGGUUCGCCACCAUGGACGCCACGAGGGUCGUCGCGGCCGGCCAGAGCUGCGGCGGGCUCGAGGCGUACGCCAUGAAGAACGAUUCGCGCGUCGCGGCCUUGGGGAUUUAUGAUUCCGGUUACCUGAACGAUACGGACCGCGCCAUGACCAUUACGAAGCCGGUCUUUUAUUUUCUGGGUGGUUCGUCUGAUGUUGCUUAUAAAAAUGGUGAACGCGACUACUCAAACCUACCGAAAAGUACCCCCGCCUGGAAGGGAAACCAGCCGGUUGGGCAUCUGGGCACCUUCUUCCAGCCCAACGGGUGA